UAGUUAUCCACAUAUUUGGAUUUUAACACACAGAAAAUACAUUCAUUGAAGUUAAAAUCAAGAAAAGCUAAGAAUACUCCUAAAUUACUUCAUUUCAGGUUAUUUCUUUAUUUGAGUACAGAUUUUAUUUGUCUGGAGGCGGUAAGUUUCUCUGAAUCACGAUGCAUGGCCACCACUCGGAGUCGGAUCGCCCUGUCCAUGGCGUCUGGGACAAUCCUGGAGUCGCGAUCUUUGCCACCACUGCCCAGGAGCCCAUCCCUAACAUGCUGACCCACUUGAAACCAAUGCCAAAUGGCGAUGAAUGUGUCUCUGAUAAAGAUGCCUGCCGCAUUCUUUCCCAGACCUCAGUGGCGGAAAACACUCUCUACCGACAGGUCAAGUACCAGGUGGAGGAAGUGGCCGCCCAGCGCAACACCCACAUGCAUCCACGCCAGGGUCAAAAGCAAAAGGAUGUGGAUAUAACCCUUGGACUGGCGGCAGAAUUGGCUCGCCAGCAGGUGGAGGCCAGCAGAUGCCGGCAACUGCACAGGAAUGUGGAUAAUCUGAGGGAUCUUGAGAUGGAGGUGGCCCGAGCCCACACUGCGCUUUCCGUAAAAAACAAGAUCCUCAAUAAUAUCAAGCAGACGGUGGAGGAUAAGCAGCGGGAACGGGCUGAGGCUCUGGAGAAGCAGCGGGCCAUCGAACAGGAGGAGCUGGAGGAGAAGAGGCGGAGGAGCCAGAAGGCUGCCGCCUUUCGCAAUGACCUCAUGACCCAGAUCACGGAGGCUCGCAGCAAGCGGCUAAAGGAUCAACAGAAGGCCAUCGAGGAGGGACGUCAAGAGCUCAAGGAGUGCAAAGAAAAGGUGGAGAAGGACAACCUCCGAGAUGCCAUAAACAAGGUGGAGCAGCGCAGGGUGCUCCUUGAGUCCCUGGACCAAUCGGCAGCCAUGUUGCAGCAAACCCGCGAGGCCUACGCUCUGACCCAGAAGAACAAGCCGGAGAGAGGAGUCCUCGACGCCCUGGGUCCCGUGACGGCGGCCUAUGUCUCCAGGGCCCAGAAAAGACACCGGGAGGAGAUCGAAGCCAGGGACAUAAAUGCCGCUCGACUGGGCUUCCAGCUUAGUCAGAUCAAGCACGAUCUGGAAUCUCGCGAUCAGCUAAUCACCAGUCUCCUGAUUCGCGAGUUCAAGGCCAAGGAGAACGCGAAGGCAUUGGAACAGGCCAGGAACAAGAUGGUCAGAAAGCAGGAGAUCCGCGAACAGUUGCUCAGCCAGCGGAAGGAGCAGAAGUUCUUCCGCGAGAAGGCCGUGCAGGAUGCCCUGAUCAUGGCCAAGGAUCCCAUGUGCUUCGGCGAACGGCAGUAUCGGAUGCAGGUGGCCCAGAAGGAGAACACCCGGCGAUUGGAUGUCCAGUGCUAUCGCGACAUGGCCAAUAUGGUGGUGGAGGCCAAGAAGCGUCGGCUGGCCGACGCCCAGGAGGUGGAGGACAUCCUCCAGGAACUGCGCAAUGUGCAGGAGCGCCAGGAUGCCUUUGUGGCCUCGGAGCGCAUGAAGCUGCUCGCCCAGCAGCCAAACGAAGUACUGUCCGCGCUUAAAAAGUCCAUCCUAACCGAAGAGGAGCUCAAUACCUUCAACCUCAAGAAGUGAUGAAGAAGGGAUCAAGAAGUGAUUAAGAAGAGAUUCAGAUGUGAUCAAGAAGUGCUUUAGAAGUGAUCAAGAUAUGUUUUGACCUUUUCAUUGUUAAGGUUAUAUUUUUUUCGGUCUUUUAUUAUUAUAAUCCAAAUUAUCUA